AUGAAGCAAUCUUCCAUACUAUCCUUCUCAAGGCCGCGGUCAGUAUCGGCGCGCCGUGACCGCGUUUCCUUGCCGCUCCGCGCGUUGCUCCUCGCGGCAUUGCUCGUCCUGCUCUCCGCCUCUGCGGCUUCCGCCUUCAAAGUCUCCCCGCUCGCGAGGCCCGUCUACGUGGCUCCCUCACAACUCCCAGCUCUGAUGGAGCUACGGGCGGCAUGGGGCAAAUACAUGGACCUGCGGUCGUGGAACGGCAGCAACCCGUGCAGCCGCUGGUGGCUCGUGUCGUGCUGGACGAACGGGCUGGUGAGGCGCAUGGACGUGAGCUCCAAGGGCAUCCAGGGCACGCUGCCAGCAGUCCUCGGCAAUCUCACCAGCCUUGAAGAGCUCAUCGCGACCACAAAUUGGAUCCACGGCGACAUUCCCGACUCCUUCAGCAAACUCGUCAACCUCAAGAACCUGCAGCUGUUCAAGAACUAUCUCAACGGCACCAUCCCAGCCUCCAUGGGCAAUAUGAGGAGCCUGUACCAGCUCCACCUGAACAUCAACUACCUCACGGGAGGCAUACCGGAUACAUUCUCCCAGCUCACCAAAAUGCGCAAAUU